AUGGCUCCCGACCCCGAUGACAAGUCAGUCCUGCCGACGCGCCGCCCUUCACCCGGCAGCCUUGACGCCACCCGGGCCGACGCCAGCGGCACCGGCUUCGCCCGCAACGCCCGUUCCCGCGGCGCCGGCUGGUGGAAGGUGAAGCUGUUCCGCGGUAUGGUCAACGACGUACGCCGCCGGGCCCCCUUUUACGUCAGUGACUGGGUCGACGCCUGGGACUAUCGUGUGGUGCCAGCUACGGUCUACAUGUAUUUUGCAAACAUUCUACCGGCGUUGGCCUUUUCUCUCGACAUGUUCACGAGCACCGGCUCGACGUACGGCGUCAACGAGGUCCUGCUGGCCUCUGUCCUCGGCGCCGUGGUCUUCUCCCUGCUGGCGUGUCAGCCCCUGGUCAUUGUCGGCGUCACCGGCCCCAUCACCGUCUUCAACUACACCGUGUACGACAUUGUCAAGCCGACCGGCAUCAACUACCUCGCUUUCAUGUGCUGGAUCGGGCUGUGGUCCCUGGUAUUCCACUGGAUUCUGGCCGUAACCAACUCGUGCAACUGGCUACGCUACGUGACGCGGUUCCCCUGCGACAUCUUUGGCUUCUACGUCGCCUUCAUCUACCUCCAAAAGGGCAUCCAGGUGCUCGAAAGGCUGGGCGACGCCGAACCCUUCUACCUCUCCAUCGUCGCCUCGCUGCUCGUCUUCAUGGUCGCCUACGCCUGCGCCGGGCUCAGCGGCAGCGGCCUGUUCCAUUACCACGUGCGCGUCUUCCUCAAGGACUACGGCACGCCCCUGACCCUCAUCUUCUUCACCGGCUUCGUCCACAUUGGCAGGAUGGAGCCCGUCCAUCUGGAGGUGCUUCCGACCGGCAUCGCCUUCAUGCCGACGACCGACAGGAGCUGGCUUGUUCACUUUUGGGAUAUCGACGUCGGAGACGUCUUCCUGGCCAUUCCAUUCGCCAUUCUGCUGACCAUCCUCUUCUGGUUCGACCACAAUGUCUCCUCCCUGAUCGCGCAGGGGACCGAGUUCCCGCUGAAGAAGCCGGCCGGGUUCCACUGGGACAUUUUCCUGCUCGGCCUGACGACCGGCGUCGCCGGCAUCCUGGGCCUCCCUUUCCCCAACGGCCUCAUCCCGCAGGCCCCGUUCCACACCGAGUCCCUGACGGUCAAGACGUCGCACGCCGAGACGGACGAGAAGGGCGAGCUCAAGGGCAGCCAUGCGACCAAGGCCUCGCACGUCGUCGAGCAGCGCGUCUCGAACCUGGCACAGGGCCUCCUCACGCUCGGCACCAUGACGGGGCCCCUCCUCGCCGUCCUGCAUCUGAUCCCCCACGGCGUACUGGCCGGCCUCUUCUUCGUCAUGGGCGUCCAGGCGCUCGAGGGCAACGGCAUCACGCUCAAGAUCCUCUUCCUCCUGCGCGACGGGGCGCUGACCCCGCCGGGCCACCCGCUGAAGCGGAUCCGCCGCCGCGCCAUUUGGGCCUUCGUCGCCGUCGAGCUCGUCGGGUUCGGCGCCACCUUCGCCAUCACCCAGACCGUCGCCGCCGUCGGCUUCCCCGUCUUCAUCAUGCUCCUCAUCCCCGUCCGCGCCUGGCUGCUGCCGCGGUGGUUCUCGCCCGAGGAGCUCGGCGCGCUCGACGAGCCCACGGCGUCGCCCUUCACGAUGGAGGGAAUCGGCGGGGUCUACGGCGGGGCGGACGCGGGCGACGACUCGGACGGCACGCGAGUGUCCGGGCACGGCGACGGUGUCCUUGCGUCGGCUGCUGCUGCUGCUGCGCCGGUGAUGAGCCGGGAUGGUGCGGUGGAGCUGGGGCAGUUUUGCAGCGUGGAGAGCGCGGGCCGGACCACGAGAAGAGUGGGGCAAGCCGCCGCGGCUGACUGA